AUGAGAAAUGACCCAACAAUGUCAAGCGGAAAUCAUGACAGUUCGCAUGUUUCAAAUGAAAUUCCUAUGCCAAUUUCAAGCCCUGCUGAUGGAAGUAUCUCAUCUAAAAAGUUAUUAAACAGUUCCUUUGAAAAGUUUGAAUCAAAGAGUGGUCGUUUGACUCGCAAACAAGCCAGAAAGGUUGGUUUGGGAUCGAUACCAGAUAUUGAAACAGCAAAGGGAUUCAAGCUUCAAGAUGCUAUACUGUUGAAUGACUGCAUUUCUAAACCAGCGAUAUGUAGCUCAUGCCGUAAACCUAAUUCAAAGCUUGGACUUUACCAGAACAACAGUACAAGAGAAGGUUUGUCACAAUCCCUAUUCUUGAAGUGCUCAACUUGUAAAGUCUGACUCAAUUGUCAACAAGUAAAUGACUUGGUGGCAAGGAAGGUGGAUCUCAUGAAGUGAACUGGAGAGCAGCAUUGGCAUUGCCAGAACAACAGUACAAGAGGUUUGUCAGAAUCCCUAUUCUUGAAGUGUUCAACUUGUAAAGUCGUGACUCAAUUGUCAACAAGUAAACGACUUGGUGGCAAGGAAGGUGGAUCUCAUGAAGUGAACUGGAGAGCAGCAUUGGCAUCGGGUCAAUUAGGGCGUGCAGGACUAUCCCAUUGAUGGAACCUGGCAGAAGAGAGGACACUCCUCCAAGAUUGGAGUUGUGUUUGUUAUUUCUGUCGAGAAGUGUGAAAUUCUUGAUUAUGAAUUGAAGUCAUUCUUUUGUUAUGAGGGAAAGCUCAUAGUAGUUGUGACCAUGAAAGUGUGAACUACAAAGAAUGGAAAAAGGCUCACAAGAAGAACUGUGAGAUUAAUCAUCAUGGUUCAUCUGAGGAGAUGGAAGCUGUGUCAGCUGUUGAUAUCUUCAGUAGCCUGAGUAUUGAAACAAGAAACUUGAAAUACACUACCUGUGUUGGUGAUGGAGACAGUAGCAGUUUUGGACGGGUGAAGGAAGCAUUGGAGAAGAAAUGUGGGACAGGAUAUGACGUCAAGAAAGAAGAAUGUGUUGGCCAUGUGCAGAAAAGACUUGGGACAGCAUUGAGAAAGUACAAAAAUGAUAAAAAGAAAAAAACUUUCAGAUGGAAAAGGGGUUGGAGUAAGGGGAUGAUUGACCGAUAAAGUGAUUGCCAAAAUGCAGAUUAUGGGAAGGCGAUUCGAGGGAAUAAAGGCGAUUUAGAAGGACUGAAGAAGUCAAUCAAGGCAAUUCAACACCACAUGAUAAAGAAUGACAAAGAAUCCUUGAAGAAGCAGCAUGAAUAUUGGCCAAUGUCUGCAGACACUUGGUGUAAAUAUUGGAAGGUCAAGAACGAUCAUACCAAUUUGUACAAUGAAGAUGCUAGUUUGUCAGUGGUAUUUAUGGCAGAACUUUAUCCCAUAUUUACAAGGCUGUCAAAAGAUACCUGCUGA